AUGUACCUCACCGAGGAACUUUUCCACUCCACCGACCACGACCACCCCUCCGCCAUGGCCUGGAAGGCAACAUCACCCGAUCCGCACUCGUCGACUGAAAGCCUGGGCAAGAGGAAAAGGGGGGCUGACAACGGCGGCGAAUACACCGUCUGCGCCAUUCCCUCGAAGAACAUCAAAGCGGCGGCUGGGCCCGUACAUUACGACUACGAAACGGCGCUCUCGUCGCACCACCUACCCCAGCCACUGCACUUGUCGAACGCGGGCGAGAUGUACCCGCCAGCGAGCUACAUGCAACAAGCCACGGCAGCAGGGAUGCGGGGCCGCAAACGCGCAGGCAUGACGCCGCGGCUGCACCGGCCAGUGAGCGCAUUCAGCAGCAUCGACAGCACGAUCCACGUCCCGCCACCACCAGCGCCAAAAGGCUCGUCGUUGGCGCCCUGCCACUGUUGCCACAAGGCACCCCGCAUGAAGAAGGAUCUCGAGGGCUACAUGGCGUGCGAGAGCUGUCGGGAGCAGACGUGCUUCAUCUGCAUGCGCCAGUGUCAGGGGGUUGCGCCCGGCUGUGGCGAGCGCAAGAUCUGUCGCUCGUGCUGUAUUGAGCGUGGCGAGGAGGGCGAGACGUGGUGUCUGAACUGCCUGGGGCAAAUGGACGAGGGCCACGGGGCUUGA